AUGCGUUACUGCGUUACCUGUAAAGAAACUAACUUUGUUAAAACAGAAUAUUCAGAUACAUCAUCAAUUUAUUCAAAUAUUCAACAUAGUCUUGGUGUAAUGAGUAGUGGUGGCAGUGCAGGUGGCGAUGAUUCGUCUGGUUUAUCGUCACCCGAUACACCGAUGACAAUCGAUGAAAAUUACAAUGAUACUUUAACAAUUUCUACCGAUUCAUAUCCAACAAAUACUAAUAAUCAACAUUUUCGUCGUCGAGGCCGUAAUGGUGCAAGAUAUUCAAGACGUUCGGAAAAUGCUCCAUAUCCACGUCAUUCAAAACGUCGACAACAAUCAAUGUCUGUCGAUGAUGUACAAAAUCAACGUGCUAUAGCAAAUGUUCGAGAACGACAACGUACACAAUCGUUAAAUGAAGCAUUUGCUCAAUUAAGACAAAUUAUUCCCACUCUACCAUCGGAUAAAUUAUCAAAAAUUCAAACAUUAAAAUUAGCCACACGUUAUAUUGACUUUCUUUAUCAAAUAUUACGUACUGAUGAUCCAAAACUAAAUUCAUCCACUCCAUUAUUAUCAACUACUACUACCACAACAGCGUCUCCAUCACCACCAAAUAGUGGUGGAGGAGGAGGACAAGGAUACGGAACGUUAAGCUAUGCAUUUUCUGUUUGGCGAAUGGAAGGUGCCUUUCAAGGAUACAGUGGAACUACAAACGGAGGUAAUCCAUUUUCUCCGUCAGAGUAUCAAGGUAAUUAG